CAGCGUCCCGCUACACGUCGGGCAGCAGCUCCGCUCAGCUCUAAACGUCUCUCCGUCUCCCGGAGCCGAGGAGCGGAUAAAACCCUCGCCUUUCCCGGAGCCAUAGCCAGGGCGUCUGCUUGUCAUGGAGAGAUGUAGCGGGCAGGAACCAGCCGUAACCCCCCGCCAGGACCGACAGCGAGCUAGCGGCUAACCCCUGCUGCGGGAGAGAGAGCUCCCGCCGGCCCGCGUGAUGGAGGGCGGGUGUGGAGCCGCGCCGGCCCCGGUAGACCCGCCGCUGGAGCCGCUGGAGCCGCUGCAGCUGGAGCUGCCGGAGCCGGGCGGGGAGCAGCCCGGGGCGGCGCUGCCCGCCCUGCCCGCCGGGAAGAGACCCUCCACGGCCGCGGAGGACGAGGCUGCGGGCGGCGGGGCGGAGGGGAAGCUGUUCGGGAAGGGACCCGGCGGGGCCACCUCCCUGCUGCAGAUCGCCAUCAGGAACGGCAUCUUUUUAUUAAUUACUCCAUACAUCUUAUCUACAUGUGAUCUCAGUUCAACAGAUACAUUCUUUUGUCUAAACCAGGGAUCGUUUUGCGGCUCCAGACAUAUUUGUUUUUUGUGUUUUUGGUCCAAUAUGGCUCUUUCAACAUUUUGGGUUGCCGACCCCUGGUCUAAACCUUCUUCUUCCACUUGGUUCCACAGGAACGGCAUCUACCAGAACCAGAUCAGCGGCAUGACGGCACCGGGCAGCACCAACUCCCUGCUGGGCCGCCGGAGACCCCGGCACCGGCGGAACCGGUCCCUGGGGGCCCCCCCCCUGGGGGUGACCCCGGCCGGGGCGACCCCCGCCGGGGCGACCCCGGCCUGCUCGCCCCUCAGCACGCUCAGCCUGGACCGCAGGACCUUCCUGCGGCAGAAGCAGCGCAGCAAGCAGCAGCUGCAGGGCCCCGACAAGUCGUGGGUGGCGUCGGACCCGCGGCGCGGCUGCAUCCACGUGCACGACUGGCUCACGCCCUCGUACCCGCGGCCGGUGCUGUGCACGCUGGACACCACCGCCGGCAGGGUGGCCCUCAAGCUGCAGGGGGGCAAAGCCGGGGCGGUGCUGAAGGUGACCCGCAAACCCCCCACGGACCCCAACCACAUCUACAGAGGCAGUAAUGGACUCACCGAUGACCAGGGGGAGGACAGACCCCCCCAUACCCUCUUAUCAGACCCAAAACUGUCACGUUCAGACUCUAAACUGCCUUCAAACUUCUUAAAAAAUGCGAGUAACUCUUCGUCGGAGGUCAACCUAAAUGACCUCUGCGUGGACCUGGGCCUGGGCGUGGCCGACGGGUACUCGGGCUCGGACAUGGAGAGCAGCACCUGCGAGGACUUCAGCCCCGGCGGCCCCCGGAGCACCGAGCACCGGGACUCCCUCAGCGACGGCCUGGGCCUGGGCACCGACUCCUCGGUGCUCAGCACCAACGCCGACAGCGCCACCGAGGGCCCCGACCCGUUCGAGAGCUCCUCGGACGAGGUGGAGCUCACGUCCCCGUCGCACUCGCCCCACGACUCGGACCCCACCCCCCCGGACGCCGCCGUCGGCCCUCCCGACCGGCUACGAGGUGAAGACGGCGGCGAGGCCGGACCUGGUGGUGCCACGGAUACCCCCAAGUUAAUCACAUCCGGCAGCAGUUCCCAGACCCGGCCCGGGGCCGGCCAGGGGUCGGCCCAGCCCGACACGGAGGGCCCCGGGGCCGGUAAAGGCUGGUGUGAGCCCGUCAACACCAGUCCCACCCCGGCACUCUUCCUGCAGCUGCACGGGGGGGCCGUGCGGAGGCUGGCAGACGAUGAGAGGCCCUUACAGAUCCUGAAUGACUAUCUGACCAACCUGGGGUUUGCAGAUGCGUGGAGGGUGCAGGAGGAGGGCAUGAGGCCCGAGAUCGGCUGCCUGAUACGCUUCUACUUUGGCAAACCUCGCAGCGUGGGCGGCUCUGACCGCGUGCAGCUCUCCGGCGUGUUCAACGUGCGGAAGGGGAAGCUGGCGCUGCCGGUGAACCGCUGGUCCAAGCGCCAGGUGACCCUGAGCGGAACCUGCCUCAUCGUCUCCUCGGUGAAACACGCCCAGUCCGGCAAGAUGCACAUCCUCCCGCUCAUCGGAGGAAAGGUGGAGGAGGUGAAGCGGCACAGCCACUGUCUGGCUCUGAGCUCGGCCGGUCCUCAGAGCCAGACCUACUACAUCAGCUACGACUCGUUCACGGAGCACCUGCGCUGGCACCGCAUGGCCUCCAAGGUGGCGUCUCAGAGGGUGAACUCGGUGGACCUGUCCUGCUGCAGCCUGGAGGAACUUCCCGCGCAGCUGUUUUACAGCCAGGAUCUGACCCACCUCAACCUCAAGAACAACUUCCUGUCCCCGCAGAAGGGCAUCACGGCGCUCACCAGGUUCUGUAAACUGAGAAGCCUCAGUCUGUCGAAUAACGCUCUGUCUGAGUUCCCUCUGGCCUUGUGCGACAUCGCCUCCCUCGCCGAGCUGAACCUCUCCGGGAACCGGCUCUCCUGCCUGCCGGCCGAAGUGGGAACGAUGCACAACCUGCAGACGCUGCUCCUGGAUGGAAACUUCGUGAGCUCUCUGCCGGCGGAGCUGGGCUCCCUGGAGGCGCUGACCUACCUGGGCCUGUCCUUCAACUGCUUCUGCUGCGUCCCGCCCGUCCUGGAGAAGCUGCGGGGCCUGGAGCGGCUGUGCCUGGCGGGGAACCAGCUCUCCGUGCUGGACCUGGCGGGGCUGCAGUGGCUGCCGGCCCGCUACGUCGACCUCAGACUGAACCAGCUGCAGUCGGUGGCGCCGGGCGACGCCGAGCAGCUGCUCCACGUGGUCCAGCUGGACCUGCGGGACGCCGGCCUGCAGGAGCUGGACGUGGCGUCGCUCUGCCAGCUGGAGCUGCUCCGCUGCGACAGGAACUCGCUGUCCCUCCUCCGGGUCAGCGGCGUCGCCCUCAAGGGCCUGCACGCCGCGCACAACGAGCUGCAGCAGCUGGAGGUGCAGCCGGCGCCGGAGCACCUGACCUUCCUGGACCUGUCCCGGAACAAGCUGGGACGAGUCCCGGAUUGGGUGCAGGAGAGCAGCCGACUGGAGGUGCUGGACAUCAACCACAACUGUGUCGCUGAGCUGCCCGCAUGGCUGCUCUCCAGCGCCGGGCUGAGGAAGCUGCUGGCCGGCUGGAACGCCGUGCGUCAGCUGGCGGAGAAGCUGGAGCGUUCCCAGCUGGAAGUCCUGGACCUGCAGCACAACCAGCUGAGCGAGCUCCCGCAGGACCUGUUCAGCAGAGCCCCGAGCUUACGCUACCUGAACGUGUCGGCCAACAAGCUGGAGGACAUCCCUGCCGCCGGCGUGUCGGAGGACGUGGUCAGCAGCCUGCAGGAGCUCUACGUGACCAGCAACGGCCUGACGGACAAGAGCGUCCCUCAGCUGGUGGGACACGGCCAGCUCAAGGUGCUGCACCUGGCCUACAACCAGCUGCACACCUUCACCGCCAGUAAACUGGCUCGGCUGGAGCAGCUGGAGGAGCUGGACCUGAGCGGGAACCGGCUGAGAGCCGUUCCCACCACCAUCCUCAGCUGCCAGCGGCUGCACACGCUGUCGGCCCACUCCAACUGCAUCAACACGUUCCCCGAAGUCCUGCAGCUGCCCGAGAUCAAGUGUGUGGACCUGAGCUGCAACGAGCUGACCGAGGUGACCCUGCCCGAGACGCUUCCUCCCAAACUCCAGGAGCUCGACCUGACAGGAAAUCCUCGGCUCAACCUGGACCACAAGAGCCUGGAACUGCUCAACAACAUCCGCUGUUUACGGCUGGAUCCGUCCCCGUCAGCUCAGUGUGCGAGCGAGAGACACGGGGCCCCUGCGGUCUGGAGUCAUGGCUACACGGAGGCCUCCGGAGUCCGGAACAAGCUGUGCGUGGCGGCGCUGGCUCAGGACAGCUUCUGCGGGAUCCGUGAGGCUCUGUACGGAGUCUUCGACGGAGACCGGAACGUGGAGGUGCCGUACCUGCUGCAGUGCACCAUGGGAGACGUGCUAGCGGAGGAGCUGCACCGGGGCCAGAGGCAGGAGGACUACAUGACCAACACCUUCCUCACCAUGCAAAGGAAACUGGGCACGGCGGGCCAGAGGAUGGGCGGCUCGGCGGCUCUGUGCCACAUCAGACACGAGCCGGCGGCCCCCGGCGAGCCCGGCGGCUGCUUCACCCUCAAGGCCGCCAACGUGGGCCGCUGUCAGGCCGUGUUGUGCCGAGACGGCAAGGCCGUGCUGCUGUCCGACGUGCACACGGUCCGAGAGGAGUCGGAGUACCGGCGGGUCCGGCAGCACAACGCCAUCAUCACCGAGGACAACAAGGUCAGCGGCGUGACCGACUCCACCAGGAUCAUGGGCUUCUCCUUCCUCUGCCCCUCGGUGACGCCCCGCCCCCACGUCUCCACGGUGACGCUCACCCCGCAGGACGAGUUCUUCCUCCUGGGCAGCCGGGGACUGUGGGAGCGUCUGUCCCCCGGCGAGGCCAUCGCGGCGGUGCGGAACGUUCCGGACGCCGUGGCCGCCGCCAAGAAGCUGGUGACGCUGGCGCAGAGCUACGGCUGCUCCGACAGCCUGAGCGCCGUGGUGGUGCAGCUCAGCGUCACCGACGACUGCUGCUGCUUCUGCGAGCCGCCGCCGCCCCCGCCCAGCCCGGGGCCGGGGGGGAACCCCGCCGGGGUGCACGAGGGCGGCGGCGGCGGCGAGGGCGCCGUGCCGCCCGCCUCCUCCGGGAACGCCAGCGAGCUGAGCAGCGAGUUCAGCACAUCGGAGAUGAGCAGCGAGGUCGGCUCCACGGCGUCGUCCGAGGAGCCGGCCCCCCCGCCGGAGCCGCCCCGGGGGCCCGACGGCCCGCGCCGCCUCGCCUGCGGCGUCGGCAGCUUCCGCCGCCAGUUCUCGGGCGCGCUGUCGGACAACGGGCUGGACAGCGAGGACGAGGAGCCGAUCGCCGGCGUGUUCUCCAACGGCAGCCGGCUGGAGGUGGAGGCCGACGUGCACUGCCUGCUGCGGCACGACUGCACCCGCUGGGCGAGCCCCAGCCCCAGCCCGCCCCCCGGGGGCACCCUGGGCCGCCGCGCCCGCGCCAACGGCUCGGUGGCCGGCCCCGGCCGCAGCCAGGACCUCAUCGAGGAGGCGGCGGACGCCCCGGUCCGCCGGGGCGGCGGCUACUUCACGGCGCCGGCGCAGCCCGACCCCGACGACCAGCUCAUCGUCCCGCCGGAGCUGGAGGACGAGGUCCGGCAGAUCAUCCAGCAGCAGCAGCAGCUGCAGCAGCAGCAGCUGCAGCCGCACAACACGCACAACCCGCCAACGCACGGCUACUUCGUCACGCCGCUCUGACCGCCACCCGCCGGGGGGAACCAGCACCAGAACCAGGACUCCUUCCGGACCACAGAUUGUUUUGUUAUUCACUUUGUUUUCUACGAUUAACUCAAACGCCGAUGCAAUUUUUAUAACAGCUGAUUCACUUCACCGUCUUCUUUUUUUAACCACAUCUUUGAUCCGACGAGGCGCUUUGGCCGCUUAUUCUAGACGUUUGCGUUCACACGGAUGUUAAACGGUACUCUGAGGUUUGGGCCGACCCGGGUUUUUGUGUUCUAGCAGACUUUCCUCCCUCCAGUCGUCGGGGUUAGUAACUGUUUAACUAACUCCUAGGAGUUUACUACUUUACGGCGACCCGGUCGCCGGGGCGUACUAAUGUUCUCUGAGAGAAAAGAUGAGUCCGGAUUAUUUCUGACGGCUGAUGUUGCAGGUUUGUGUUCUCUGGGCGAGCCGACCCGAGUGGUUUCCACCGGAGGUUUUCCACCGGAGGUUUUCCACCGGAGGUUUUCCACCGGAGGUUUUCCACCGGAGGUUUUCCACCGGAGGUUUUCCACCGGAGGUUUUCCACCGGAGGUUUUCCACCGGGGGUUCCCACCGGGAGGAGGUUCCCACCGGAGGGAGGUUCCCACCGGAGGGAGGUUCCCACCGGAGGUUCCCACCGGCUCCACGAAUGUUCUCCAAACAGUGUUAGACGACAGCAGGCUGCACACGAGAGCUACUUUUGUUAUAAAAUAAAUUAAAGUUUUCAGAUAA